AUGGCUCCAAGCAUCUUGCCUACUUCAUCUACUACUUCAUCCACUCUCUCGGUUGCUGCUCUUCGUCCAGUGACCGCUGUUGAGGAUCUCAAGAAUGCCACACUUGCCUCGCUUGUUUUGCAAGAUGGCACCACCUUCCAAGGUGUGUCAUUUGGUGCUGAAGGCAAAAGCAUUUCUGGUGAAUGUGUUUUUCAAACUGGUAUGGUGGGUUAUCCCGAGUCCCUCACCGAUCCGUCCUACCGUGGCCAAAUCCUUGUGUUGACUUAUCCUUUGGCUGGUAACUAUGGUGUGCCCGAUCGCACCGUAAUGGAUGAGCUCCUCAAGGAUGUCCCCAAAUACUUUGAAUCCAACGCCAUUCACGUGGCUGGCUUGAUUGUGUGUGAUUAUACCGAGGACUACUCGCAUUAUCUUGCCAAGUCUUCUUUGGGUGCAUGGCUCAAGGAACAAGGUGUACCCGCUUUGUACGGCAUUGAUUCUCGUGCAUUGACCAAGAAGAUCCGUGAAGAAGGUGUGCUCCUUUCCAAGAUUCUCUUCAACAAUCAAGACGUUGAAUGGGUUGAUCCCAAUGAGCGCAACUUGGUUGCUGAAGUCUCCCUCAAGGAAGCCAAGACAUAUUAUCCCGAAGCUGCUAAGGCCAUCAAGACUCCUUCUGGUCGUACUCUUCGUAUCCUCGCCGUCGAUGUUGGUAUGAAGUUCAACCAAAUCCGCUGCUUUGUCAACCGUGGUGUCGAGCUCAAGAUUGUUCCUUGGGACUAUGACUUCGCUGCUGAGCCUGCUGAUUCCUAUGAUGGUCUCUUCAUCUCCAAUGGUCCUGGUGAUCCUACCAUGGUUGAGGUUACUUUCAAGCGCUUGCGUCAAGUCCUUGAGCGUGGUGACAAACCUAUCUUUGGUAUUUGCUUGGGUCAUCAAUUGCUCGCAUUGGCUGCUGGUGCCAAGACCAUGAAGCUCAAGUAUGGUAACCGUGGCCAAAACAUCCCUUGUACCAACAUGCUCUCUGGUCGCUGCUACAUCACUUCUCAAAACCAUGGCUAUGCUGUUGAUGCCACCACCUUGCCCGAAAACUUCCAAGAGCUCUUUGUCAAUGCCAAUGAUGGAUCCAAUGAGGGUGUCAUCCACAAGUCCUUGCCCAUCUUCUCGGUCCAAUUCCAUCCUGAGUCCACUCCUGGUCCUCGUGACACUGAAUUCUUGUUCGAUACUUAUAUCAGCACUGUGAAGCAAUGUGUUGAAGAGGGCAAGCUCGUACCUGUUGUCAUGCCCGGUGGUGAUAUCAAGGAGAAUGUUGCAAAGAAUCCCCGUGUCAAGGUCAACAAGGUGCUUGUUCUUGGCUCUGGUGGUUUGUCCAUUGGCCAAGCUGGUGAAUUCGAUUACUCUGGUUCUCAAGCUAUCAAGGCCUUGAAGGAAGAAGGCAUUUAUACCAUCUUGAUCAACCCCAACAUUGCCACCAUCCAAACCUCCAAGGGUCUUGCUGACAAGGUCUACUUUUUGCCUGUUACUCCUGAUUUCGUGCGCAAGGUGAUCAAGCAAGAGAAGCCUGAUGGUAUCUACUGUACCUUUGGUGGUCAAACUGCUCUUAAUGUUGGUGUCAAGCUCAAGGAUGAAUUUGAGGGUCUUGGUGUCAAGGUGCUUGGUACUCCCAUCGACACUAUCAUCACCACCGAAGAUCGUGACUUGUUCGCCCAAGCUCUCUUUGAGAUCAACGAAAAGUGUGCUCAAUCCGCAUCUGCCAUCAACCAUGAAGAGGCUCUUGCUGCUGCCAAGGAGAUCGGCUAUCCCGUCAUUUGCCGUGCUGCUUAUGCUCUUGGUGGUUUGGGCUCUGGCUUUGCCGACAAUGAACAAGAACUCGUUGAAUUGUGCAACAAGGCAUUCGCCACCUCUCCUCAAGUGUUGAUUGAGAAGUCCAUGAAGGGCUGGAAGGAAAUCGAGUACGAAGUCGUCCGUGAUUGCCGCGACAACUGCAUCACUGUUUGUAACAUGGAGAACUUUGAUCCCUUGGGUAUCCACACUGGUGAAUCGAUUGUCGUUGCUCCCUCGCAAACUCUCUCGGAUGAAGACUACAACAUGUUGCGUACCACCGCUGUCAAUGUCAUUCGUCACUUGGGUGUUGUUGGCGAGUGUAACAUCCAAUACGCCCUCAACCCAUUCUCCAAGGAGUAUUGUAUCAUUGAAGUCAACGCUCGUCUCUCUCGUUCUUCCGCUCUUGCUUCCAAGGCCACCGGUUAUCCUCUUGCUUUCGUUGCUGCCAAGCUUGGUUUGGGUAUUCCUUUGAACGAAGUCAAGAACAGCGUCACCAAGAAGACUUGUGCCUGCUUCGAACCUUCCCUCGAUUAUUGCGUUGUCAAGAUUCCUCGUUGGGAUUUGAAGAAGUUCAACCGUGUCAGCACUGCUCUUGGCUCUGCCAUGAAGUCCGUUGGUGAAGUUAUGGCCAUUGGUCGUACUUUUGAAGAGACCAUCCAAGAAGCCAUCCGCUCCAUUGAUUACAGCUUCUCUGGUUUCAAUACGAACACCAUUGUCAGCGAUGAUGAGAUCGAUCGUGAACUCACUGUGCCCUCCGAUCGCCGUAUCUUUGCUAUUGCCAAUGCCAUGAGCAAGGGUUACUCUGUGGACAAGAUUUGGGAAAUGACCAAGAUUGACAAGUGGUUCCUUAACAAGCUCGCUCGUCUUAUGAGAAUGGAAAAGUCCCUUGCAUCCUUCACUGAACAAGACAUCCCUACCAACACUUUGCGUGCUGCCAAGCAACUUGGUUUCUCCGAUCGCCAAAUUGCUUCCCAACUCAAGAGCAAGGAGCUUUCCAUCCGCCAAUUGCGCAAGAGCCAUGGCAUUACUCCCUUCGUCAAGCAAAUUGAUACUGUCGCUGCUGAAUUCCCUGCUUACACCAACUACCUCUACAUGACCUACAAUGCUCUUGAGCAUGACAUUGAAUUCGAGGAUAAGGGUGUUAUGGUUAUCGGCUCUGGUGUCUACCGUAUUGGUUCCUCUGUUGAAUUCGAUUGGUGCGCUGUUCGUGCUAUUCGUACCUUGCGUCAAGAAGGCAUCAAGACUGUCAUGGUCAACUACAACCCUGAAACUGUAUCCACUGAUUACGACGAGGCUGAUCGCUUGUACUUUGAGAACAUCACUAUGGAGCGUGUUAAAGACAUUUAUGAGGUCGAAAGCUCUUCCGGUGUGCUCAUGUCCAUGGGUGGUCAAACUCCCAACAACAUUGCUUUGCCUUUGCAUCGUCAAGGUGUCAACGUCCUUGGUACUUCCCCCGAUAUGAUUGACAACGCUGAAGAUCGUUACAAGUUCUCGAGCAUGUUGGAUCGUAUUGGUGUUGAUCAGCCCCAAUGGCGUGAGCUUACCAGUGUUGAGGAUGCUGAAAAGUUCUGUGAUGCUGUUGGCUAUCCCGUGCUUGUGCGUCCUUCCUAUGUCCUUUCUGGUGCCGCCAUGAACACUGUCUACAACCGUGAAAACCUCGACUCUUACUUGAAGGAAGCCUCCGAUGUCUCCAACGAGCACCCUGUUGUCAUUUCCAAGUACAUUGAAGAUGCCAAGGAGAUCGAGAUGGAUGCUGUUGCUAUCAAUGGCAAGAUGGUUAUGCACGUGAUUUCCGAGCACGUUGAGAAUGCUGGUGUCCACUCUGGUGAUGCUACUCUUAUCCAACCUCCUCAAGAUUUGGACCCUGAGACCGUUCGCAAGAUUGAACAUGCCACCGCUCUCAUUGGUGAGAACUUGAAUAUCACUGGUCCUUACAACAUCCAAUUCAUUGCCAAGAACAAUGAGAUCAAGGUCAUUGAAUGCAAUGUUCGUGCUUCUCGUUCGUUCCCCUUCGUCUCCAAGGUUAUUGGUGUUGACUUGAUUGAGAUGGCUACUCGUGGUAUUCUUGGCUUGGAUGUUGCUCCUUACCCCAAGGUCAACUUGCCCAAUGACUAUGUCGCUGUCAAGGUUCCUCAAUUCUCCUUUGCUCGUUUGCCAGGUGCUGAUCCCGUUUUGGGUGUCGAGAUGGCUUCCACUGGUGAAGUUGCAUGCUUUGGCAAGGACAAGUAUGAGGCUUACCUUAAGGGUCUUUUGGCUACCAGCUUCAAGCUUCCCAAGAAGAACAUUUUGUUCUCCAUUGGUUCUGAAAAGGAUAAGCAAGAGCUCCUCCCCUCGAUUGCCAAGUUGAACACCCUUGGUUACAGCAUUUUCGCCACCGAAGGUACCGCCGAAUUCAUCAAGCAAAAUGGUAUCCCUGUCAAGCAUCUUAAGGGUCUUGAUGGCCGUGAUGAACAAGUCGACCCCGAAUUCUCGCUUCAUGAGCAUCUUGCCAACGACAAGAUCGACAUGUACAUCAACUUGCCUUCUCAAAACCGCUUCUGCCGCCCUGCCACUUUUGUUUCGCAAGGUUACCGUUCCCGCCGUAUGGCUGUUGACUACUCGGUGCCUUUGCUCACCAACGUAAAGUGUGCCAAGGUCUUUGUUGAAGGUCUCGCUCGCAACGACGGCUCUUUCCCCUUGUUGGACAUUGACUUCCAAACCGAUGCCACCUUUGCUCAAUAG